CGGUUAUCGAGGGAACCCGCAAAUGACUGGAAGGGGAUGGGAACCCAACCCCAAUCCGUCCCGUCCCUCUCCUCCCUCCCUCUCUCAAAUUGCAUCCAUCCAUCCAACAACACCUGACGAGCCCAGCCUUCAAACCCCCCCUCCCAUCCUGUUCCUGUCCCUGUCCCUUACCCUUUGGCCUCCUUGUUCUGAGCUACGCCUGCUACAGGACAAUUCCGUUCUGGAAAAAUCCCAUCCACUCUUCUUUUCCCCAUCGCUUUGCAACGCCCCUCCCUCCAUCGCCAGCCUUGCCCGCCUGGCAAAGCCUCAAUCGCCCCUCCUUAGGCUCUGUUCCUCCGUCUCUUCUUCCCUCUCUCCUCCCCUAUCAAGUCGGGUCCCUCUUCUGACUGGCGUUCUGUCUGUCCGCUUGCACAGCCCUCUACUGAUAUUUGUCCGCCCUCUACUCCUCUGGCCGUCAUCGUCUGCUUGGUACCCUGACACAUGCCAUACCAACCUGGUUGAGCAGAGUAGGCGUGCACCUCUACACAGACAACAUCUCUGUGUUCUUCUACUUUCUGCUGGGAUCCUGCCGAGUUCUGGCUUCCUUCCUGUUGCCAGUACACGCUUCCAGCAUCAGUGCUACAGCAGCCCCUGUGUGCAAACAUCUUAGUCCUGUACUCUCCGUCUCCCUCUCUCCUCCUCCCACUCUCGACAUCUAUCUUACUGUCUCCGUCUCCGUCUCUGCACCCCUCCCUCUCCACCUGUGCAUUCCCCCAUCCUGCUUCGUAUUGUAAUUCCCCCCAAAGGCGACGAUCGAUCGCUCAUGUGCAAAACCGAACAAACCCAGAGACGACUUCGCCAAUAUCGAGAAUACGAGGCAUCGUUUGCGGCAUCUCCGAUUCCUUGGAAUCCCGUCACUCUGCCUGCAGUCCCGGGUCCCAGGUCGUUCCUCAUACCCGACUCUGCCGCCGCAAUCCCCGUUGCAAUCUCAGCCAACCUGCUCUAGAUAGACUGUCCUGCCGCUCUAUGCUCUCUGAAUGACCGACAACCCCCCCCAGGUCCUGGCAACCGCCGACUUGACCCCAGUAUCCCCGGCGCCUCUCCACCCACCCUCCCCUGUAAUAGUGCUGCAGGAUCAAGCC